AUGGGCACCCCAACAACACCCACAGAAGCUGCUCCAGCAUACGACGAUGUAAUCAACAACCACCCCGUAAACCGCUACAUGCCAUCUGGCUCUCUCUCCGGCUACACCACCAUCCCCCAAUCUGACGACGCCGAGCAACCCCCCUUUACCGGUGAAACCCUAGACAUCGAAAACCACGCCCACGCCCACACUACUACAUCCCAGCCUCCCCAGCAACAGCCGGAAACCUUUGCCCAAACAAUAACUAAACUGCUUCUCCCACAGUCAGACACGCUGCACAAGCACUGCGCGGCGUGCGACGAGCAGGUUCAUACUGCUGCGAGGCAGAAGAGGGAGAGUGAGAGGUAUUGCUGUACGAUGGUUGCAGUGACGUUUAUUACGCUGUUCAUGUGCGGGAUGGUACUUGGAGUUGUGAUUGUGAAUGCGAGUGCGAGGAGGGAUAAGGAGUUGCAUGGGGGGAAUUAA